ACAAAGGAUGGGCCAAGUUGCCCACACUACAAAGCAAUGCACACACCAGCACGCUCAUUCAAAUAUACAUAUCCAACCUUCGUUUUUGGCUUCCAUGUCAAGAACAUACAAGAUCAGAACUGCAGUUAAGAAGUUCUGCGAGCACUGUUACAUUGCAAGAAGAAAGGGAAGAGUUUAUGUUCUCUGCAAGGCGAAUCCAAAACACAAACAAAAGCAAGCUUGA